AUGAGCCGCCAUGCCACCUUCUCCCCCACAGGUGCCACCACCUCCGCGGAGGACUUUGGGCAAGUGCGACAGGAGUUGUUGGCCCACCUGGAGGCGGUGGCCUGGACCCCCUACCGAGCAUCGCCGGAGUUCGGGCGCUUCGUGCAGUUCAAGUGGCUGGAGGGGCAGGCGGUGGGCGCCGAAGCCUUCAUCGAAUUCAGGGUGCUGGGCAAGGGCGGCUUCGGCGAGGUCUGCGCCUGCCAGCGCCGCGCCACCGGCAAGAUGUACGCCAACAAGCGCCUCAACAAGAAGCGCCUCAAGAAGCGCAAGGGCUACGAGGCGGCGCUGGUGGAGAAGCGGGUCCUGGCGCGGGUGCACAGCCGCUUCAUCGUCUCGCUGGCCUGCGCCUUCCAGACCAAGACUGACCUCUGCCUCGUCAUGACCCUCAUGAACGGCGGCGACCUGCGGUACCACAUCUACAACGUGGACGAGAACAACCCCGGGUUCCCCGAGCCGCGGACCGUGUUUUACACCGCCCAGAUCCUGCUGGGGCUGGAGCACCUGCACCAGCACCGCAUCGUCUACCGCGACCUCAAGCCCGAGAACGUCCUCCUCGAUGACGCCGGGUUCAUGGCGCCGGAGCUGCUGCGGGACGAGGAGUACGACUGGGCCGUCGACUACUUCACGCUGGGGGUGACCCUCUACGAGAUGCUGGAGGCCAAGGGACCCUUCCGCAGCCGGGGGGAGAAGGUGCCCAGGAACCCCAAAAACCCCAAGAACCCCCAGGAACCCCCAGAAACCUCCCAGGAACCACCAGGAACUCCCUCA